AUGUAUAAUGAUUCGAGAGAUGAUUCUCGAAAUAAUAAGUCAACUUCAAUAAGUCCUGGUCAAUCCGAAGAUUUUACAACUCAAGAUCUAUCAACUGAACAUUCAUCAAUACCAAUUCCGAAAUCAGCUCCAUUACCAACUACAACUUCAGAAAAUAAUCAAAGUUCUUUACAAGUUCCAAAUACUAGACGGAAACGUGGAUUAUCUUUACGGUCACAAUUAUUCAAUAAAGCAUUUAAUAUACAACAAGAUCAAUCAUCACCAAAUUCACAGAACAACACGACGACAUCAACUCUACAUAACAAAAAUGUAACCUUUGCGACACAAAAUGGAAUAGAACUACAAGAUAUACCCAAAGAUUUAACUCCUGAACCACCACAAAUAAAUGUUGAAGAGUGUCCUGAACCUUAUCUAACAUCUUCAUCAGCAAUACAUUUGGGGAAAUAUGAACCUUAUAAUACUUAUGAAAAUCAAUUAACUAGAUCAUCUACUCAUUUGACUAUUGAAAGAAGUAACAAUAGUUCGGCAUCAUCAUUUGUAUCAAGAAGGGAAAGGCUCCAUGGUAUUUCCAACAAUAAAUUUAAAAAGAGAUUGAUAGAAUUCAAAAAUAAAUUACUUGGUCUAAAAUGUUUGCCAGCAACUGAAGCUGGAAGAAUUAUACCACUAUCAGUAAAUCCAAAUUCAGUCAACUCAUACUACCUGGAUGAAUACUAUCUACCAAAACAAAAAAGUUACAUAGAUGAAAGAACAAAUCUACCAUACAUCAGCAAUCUAGUAACAUCAUCAAAGUAUACAAUAUAUUCAUUUUUACCGAAACAAUUACGAGCGCAAUUCUCCAAAAUUGCAAAUUGUUAUUUCAUGAUUGUUGCCAUAAUGCAAAUGAUACCUGGUUGGUCAACUACUGGUCAAUAUACAACGAUUAUUCCAUUAUGUAUAUUCAUGUCUAUAUCAAUAGCAAGAGAAGGUUUUGAUGAUUGGAAAAGACAUGGUCAUGAUAAAGAAGAAAAUAGUAAAAUGACCACUAUAAUUAGAGAAGAUGAAGAUUUAAGUAGUUUUGAUACUCAUUCAAUCAACACUAUACUAACAGAAACAAUACCAGUUCCUAAUAUUACGAAAAAUAAUUUAUCUAUACAUAAUAUAUCAUCAACAUCAUCACUAUCAGAUACAGAAGAUACAUCAGCUAGAAGACAUUCUUUAUCUUAUAACGACAGAGCUGCAUUAAAGAGAUAUAACUUGAAAGAAAUACCGACAAAAUGGAAAAAUUUAAAAGUCGGUGAUAUAGUGAAAAUUAAAGAAAACGAAUGGUUUCCAGCAGAUGUUUUACUACUAGCUACAAGUGAUAUGGAAAAACACGAAGCAUUUGUUGAAACAAUGGCAUUAGAUGGUGAAACCAAUUUAAAGUCGAAACAACCUCAUCCAGAAUUAUCAAAAAGAGCUUCAACUGUACCUGGUUUGAAAAAUUUGAAAACUUUGAUUACAACAGAAGAUCCAAAUCUUGAUUUAUAUAAUUUUGAAGCAUCAUUUCAAUUAAAUGAUGAGAUUUAUUCAUUAAAUUCUGAUAAUAUCGUGUAUCGUGGUAGUAUAUUGAGAAACACGGACUCAGUUUUAGGUAUAGUUGUCUUCACUGGUGAAGAAACUAAAAUUAGAAUGAAUAAUAUUAAAAAUCCAAGAACCAAAGCUCCAAAGCUUCAAAAAAAUAUUAAUUAUAUCGUCAUAUUCAUGGUGUUUGUUGUUAUUAUGUUGUCAGCGUUUUCAACGAUGGCACAACGUAUUCAAUUUAGAGAUCAUAGAUUAAAAGAUUGGUAUUUAUAUCAACAAGAUGCAGGUGUAGCUGCAACUUUAAUGGGUUUCAUCAUUAUGUAUAAUACUUUAAUUCCGCUUUCACUUUAUGUUACAAUGGAAAUUAUUAAAGUGAUGCAACUAUGUUUUUUACAAUUUGAUAUUGAUAUGUAUCAUGUUGAAACCAAUACACCAGCUGAUGCCAAAACUGCAACCAUUUUAGAAGAGCUUGGACAAGUUUCAUACGUUUUCAGUGAUAAGACUGGUACUUUAACUGAUAACAAGAUGAUUUUCAGAAAAUUUAGUGUUUGUGGAGUUAGUUGGUUACAUGAUUUAGAUUUAAUGCUUAAGGAAAAAGAAAAUCCAAAUAGUCAAAAUAUACCUCCAUUAGUUGCAAGAUUAAGUAUGCAUGUGAAAUCUAAAAAAGAUCUUGAAGAUGUCAAUAUAAAUCACAAAAACAGUACAACUUCAGUUGUUAGAGAUAGUAUGGAUGGUAGACAUUCUGGAUUAAGUGCAAAAAGUUGGGUUUCAACAGCUCAACCUCAUAAAAAACAAAAUCCAACUAAUUCAAUUCAACUAUUAAAACAUUUGCAAUCUCAUCCUCAUACAUUGUUUGCAAGGAAAGCCAAAUUGUUUUUGUUAUCGUUAGCUUUGUGUAGUACAUGUUUACCUAGAAGGAAAAAAGCUUUAAAACAUAAAGUUAGUGAGUCAUCAUCAUCAAUAGAAGAGAUUAUUGACGAAGAUGAAUGCGAAGACGAUGCUUCAAUCAUGUAUCAAGCUGCUUCGCCAGACGAGUUAGCAUUAGUUCAAGCUGCCAGAGAUUUGGGUUAUGUUGUAUUUGACAAAUCAAGUGAUAACUUAAAAAUUAAAACAUACCCGAAUGGAUUUGAGAGUGAACCAGUCGUUGAAGAAUAUCAAGUGCUUGAAAUAAUAGAAUUCUCAUCAGCUAGAAAAAGAAUGUCGAUUGUUGUUAGAUUUCCAGACGGUAGAAUAGCUAUUAUAUGUAAAGGAGCAGACAACAUAAUUUUAGAGAAAUUGAAAAAUUCCAAAAUGGCUCAAAAUAAAGCUAAAGAUAUAGCAUUACAAUCAACUGAAAGAAAAAUGGAGGAAGCUGAUGUUGUAUUACAAUCAAGAUUUUCUCAUGACUUAGAAUCUAGAAAAUCUGGAUUAUCAUUCCGUCAAAGCAUAAAUAUUGGAAACUCAGCACCAGCAAGAAUGAAUACUAUAGAUAAUGCUUUAAUGAGUACAGAAGAGGAAGAGAUUGCUGAUAUCGCUGAUAAAGCUAGGAAAUCAUUACAUCUUCAACAAGCUCAAAGAUAUAGUUUAGAUGAAGAAGAACUAAACGAUGGUAAAAAAUCUACAGCAUCUGAUCAACAUACUCAUUCAAUACCUCAUGAUAAGUUAUUAGUCAAUGAAGAAUAUAUUGUUGAAAAGACUUUAGAACAUAUUGAGGAAUUUUCAACCGAAGGAUUACGUACUUUAUUAUACUCAUUUAGAUGGUUAGACAAAGCUGAAUUUGAAUCAUGGCAUUCAGAAUAUUCCAAUGCUAAAACAGCAUUAACAGAUCGUGCAAAAUUAGUUGAAGAAACAGGUGGCAAGAUUGAAAAGAAUCUUGAAUUAAUUGGUGCUACCGCAAUUGAAGAUAAAUUACAAGAUGGAGUAAGUGAAACUAUUGUCAAAUUGAGAAGAGCUGGUAUUAAACUCUGGAUGUUGACUGGUGAUAAAAGAGAAACUGCAAUCAAUAUCGGAUAUUCAUGUCGUCUUAUAAAGGAUUAUUCAACUGUGACUAUACUAUCAAAUGAUGAGGGUAAACAAGCUAUCUUGAAUAAAAUCACUUCAUUUCUGAAAGAGAUUAAAGGUGGAAGAAUAGCACAUAGCGUUUUAGUCAUUGAUGGUGGAACAUUAGCAGAUGUUGAGGCUGAUCCAACUUUGUUAGCAUUAUUUUUAGAUUUAUGUGUUGAAGUUGAUUCAACAAUUUGUUGUAGAGCUUCACCUUCACAAAAGGCAAAUAUGGUCAGUGCAGUUAGGAAAUUAAAAAAUGAAUCAGUUACAUUAGCUAUUGGAGAUGGUGCAAAUGAUAUUGCAAUGAUUCAAAGUGCAGAUAUAGGUGUUGGUAUUACGGGUAAAGAAGGUUUACAAGCUGCAAGAUCUGCUGAUUAUGCAAUUGCACAGUUUAGAUUUUUGUUGAAAUUAUUAUUGGUCAAUGGUAGAUACAAUUAUAUCAGAACUUCAAAAUUUGUUUUGUGUACAUUCUACAAGGAGUUGUUGUUUUAUUUGACUCAAUGUAUUUAUCAAAGAAAUACAUUAUUUUCAGGAUCAUCAAUGUAUGAAAGCUGGUCAUUAUCAAUGUUUAAUACACUAUUUACUUCAUUACCUGUUCUUUGCAUCGGGAUGUUUGAUAAAGAUCUAAAGCCAGCUACAUUGUUAGCAGUUCCAGAACUAUAUGCAAAGGGAAGAUUAUAUCAAGCGUUCAAUUUGAAGGUGUUUAUUUCAUGGAUGUUACUAGCUACACUACAAAGUCUUGGUAUGACAUUUUUAGGAUUUUAUAUUUGGGGUUUUACUGCAUUACGUGAUAAUACAACUUUUGCAUUAGGUUCAUUAUUAUUCACUGCUUUAAUUAUUGUCAUAAAUGCUAAAAUCACAUUUUUAGAGAUGCAAAAUAGACAAUGGUUAGCAUUUGCAUCAUUUAUAAUAUCAGUAGGUGGAUUUGGUCUAUGGAAUGUAUUAAUAAUGAUGCUUUAUAGAAAAAAACAGUCACCAAUUUUCUUUGUCGCUUAUGGUUUACUAACUUGGGGUCAAGAUCAAAGUUGGUGGGCUGCAUUAUUGAUAAUUUUCACAGUUCCUUUAUUUUUUGAUAUACUUAUUAAGAUUUUCAAAUUUAUGUUCAAACCCAAUGAUGAUGAUACUUUUAAAGUUUAUGAACAAGAUUUUGAAUUGAGGCGAGUUUUUGAACAUACUGCUUACAAGGAUUUAUAUCAAGGUUGGACUUUUGUUCGUGAGCCAUCAACUACCAGAAUGUUGAUACUCAAUUUGUUUAAUAAAUUUGGUCUUGGUUUCAUGUUUCCGAAGAAAAUCAAUGAAGAUGAAUUAAGAGAAGCUGCAGCAGCUAAUGAUGAGAAUGAGUUACAAUUACAAUCUACAAUCAGUAGGAAAAGAGCAGGGACAAAUCCAAUGUCUCAUGAAUUACCACCUAGUGGAGAAGGGUAUAACGUACAUGCAAAUGAUUUUGCACGAAAUUCAGUUCAAGAAGAUGGUUAUGAGAUAUUACCAAGUGGUAAAAAAUUCAAAAUCAAACGAAAAGAUGAAAGUAAUAAAUGGUCUUCUUUUGGAUUUCGUGAUGAUGAAGAUGUCGAUGCUAUUAUAGAUGAAAGAUUGAAAAAAUUAGAAGAAGGAGAAAAUGGCAAUAAGUAA